UCCUCCUCCUCCUCCUCCUGUGGUCUUGCAAAAUUUCGCCGUUUGCGCGAUCGCGAAUCCCGCCUUUUGGAAUGCCUACUUAAUGCAAAAUAGUAGCACUUUUUAUUUGACAGGCUCUGGCUUUGGGCAUCGCCGCGCUGCCCGUAAGCUCCGACGAAGCGUCAUCAAAGGCACCCACCCUGCACGGCGCUGGCGGCGGCAGCAGCAGUAGCGUUGGCGGUUCAGGCGGCACCGGCAUGUCCGUUAGCGCUGCCGAAAGGACGGGCGUAGCUGUGGGUGCUGACAACCACCCCUCAUCCGCCUCUAUCAAACUCAAUCGUUCCGCCUCCACCGGCUCAUCCGACCACGCCAAGGUCUCCUCUCCAAUCAAACAGUCACAGUCACCAGCGGUCACGCGUGCAGAGCUAGCGAGUCUCCUGCGUGCCAGCCUGCCUCUGCAGAACGAUCUCCAAUUGCUGGUGCUGGCUUUGCUAAGCCGUCUCGUGCCCGGCACAACUGCUGGAGGCGGAGCCUCUGGCAGCACUGGGGCGUCACAGCCCUCGGCCACUCCAAUGCCCUCCUACUUUUCUUCCACCUCUGCGGUUGCUAUCAAUCCAGCCUUGUCAUCCCAGCUGAGUGAACGCGAACGUCUCAUCAACACCCUCUCUCGCCACUGCAAUUUUGCGACAGAAUCACAACCGCUGCCGUCUACGCCUGUCUCGGCCACUGGAUUUGACCAGACAGCGGAGCUGGCUGGUGCGCCUGCUAGCACCGCGGUCGACUCUGUAGCCCUGACCACCGCUGGUCUCUCCGCCACGACUACCGGCGGGGCAGUAGCUUCGACUGCUG